GACAUUUUACAGCAAAGUGAGACAAAGUGUGUGUGUUAUUAUUGUUGUAAAUACUUUGGUGAUCAAAAAAAAAAAAAAAAAUAUUGUGUACUUGUUCUUGAUUUUAAACAUUGUUAAUAAAUUAGAAAUUAGAAAGAUCAUAAUUUCAAAUUAAAAUGACAGGUGAUACAGUUGAAGAGUUUUUAAAUAAUGAAAAAUCUGAAAAAAUCGAAGACAAUAUUGAUACUAUGUUAUUGUCAAACUUGACAGAAAAUUAUAUUGAACCUGUUGAAGAUAUUCCUUGUCCAGAAUUUCAAUUUUCUACCCAUGCUUGUUAUAUUUGUAAUGGAUAUUAUGGACCAUCAUUUGAUGAACCUGUUUGUGCAACAUGCCAUGCAUUUUUAUUUCCUGAUGAUAUUGGUAUUCGGGCACUUCCAAUCUUCAGUGAGAAAACAGACGAUGAAGAUUCUGGAAAUGAUGAACCAACAGAUCCAUAUUAUAAUUGGGGAGAGGGUCGAAUAAAUCAAACUCCAAAAGUUCGUCCUCUUGUUGAAUCUUCAUCAUCUGGCCAGCAUGAUUCUCCAAUUCAUCAUCAACAAGUUUUAAUAAAUGAAAAUUUACAAUCUCAACCAGAACAUCACAAAAAACCACAUGAAUGGAUUAAAAAAAUCAACAAUAAUCAGAGUGGUCCAUCACUACCACAUAAUUCACAUUCAAGUCCAGUUGAUAAUCCAAAUGAUGGUAUAUUAAAUAGAGAUAAUGAAGCUCCACAUUGGAAUUGUCGUGAUUUUUGUAAUCUUGGAGAACCUUCAAAGCCCAAAAAUUUAGCUGAAAGAGUAGAAAUAUUAACUAAUCAUAAACAUAUUGAGCAUGAACCAAUUAAUGAACCUGGACUAGUUGACAGAUUACCACCUGAAGUUCUUCUUGCUGUUUUUUCACAUUUGGAUGAUGUUAGUUUGUGGUCAGCUGCAAAUGUUUGCAGAAGAUGGUAUGGUUUAUUAUUGACUCAUAUACCACCACAACAAUGGCAACAACAAGCUAAACUCAGAUGGCCAUUAUACAAGGCAAUUGGUCAUGUUGAUAAUUGGUAUAAAGUUUAUGACCGUUUAGCUUCAUCAGCACCUUGUAGAACAUGUUUAGCACAAAUGUGUUUGAGAUCAAAACCAGCAAAUAUGGAAGAAAAUUCAUGGCGUAAAAAUCGACUUAAUAUUGAACUUAAAGCAUUGAGAAUUGAUCCACCUGAGGGUAUUGAAGCAUCACCAUUAGAUGCAAUGUCUUGUCAUUGGCAAGCAACAAUAACUGGUCCAAUUGGUAGUCCCUAUGAAGGUGGAUUAUUUUAUUUGUACCUGCAAGUUCCUUAUAGUUAUCCAAUGUGUCCACCCGUUGUAAGAUUUCUUACUAAAAUUCUUCAUCCAAAUGUCUCAAGGCAUGGUGAUGUUGGAAUUGAUUCAAUUCAUCACAAUUGGUCUCUUGCAUUGACAAUAUCAAAAGUUUUGAUAAGUGUUCAAAGUCUUCUAACAGAUCCAUUUUGUCAGGUAUGUAUGGAACCAGAAAUUGGUGAAAUGUACACAUAUAAUCGUGAAAAAUUUGAAGAAGUUGCGCGAGCCUGGACAUGGAAAUAUGCGAUGCAUGAUGUCGUAACUCCUUAAUAAAAAUAUUUUUUAACAUUUUUUGAAAAAAAUAACACUUACCAGUUGUUUUGUUGAAGAUAAAAAAAUUCUACAAAUUGUAAUUAUACCGUAAAUAUGAAUAGACGAAAAAUGAAAACAACAAAAGUACGAUAACUAGUUUAUAAAUUAUUUCUGAUCAUUAUUGCUAUACUUGGUGAAAGGUUGAGAGUAGGGAGAUUUAAAAUAAUGAGUUGUAGAUUAAACAGAAGGUACUAUUACUAUUUUCUUGGUUGAAAAAUAUAGACGAGACAAACUGUUUGGGGGGUCCAGCGUCGUCAUUUAUCCCCGACAGUUUCCCGGUGGCCUCAGCCGACUUUCGAAAUCUUAUUACCUCCGGGUAAUAAGAUAACAGAAAAAAAUAAAUAAAUAAAAAUUCUAUUAAACAAGAAAAUUAAAUAUUAAUAUAUCAACUAUUUUAAAAAUUAUCUGUUUAGUUAUUUAAUUAAAUAUAUUUGUUAAAUUUUUAUUCAAUUAUCAAGUAACUAAAAAUAAUAACAAAAUUUCUUUAAUUGAUACAUCAAGUAUUUUAAAUGAAAUAUUUUCAAGUAAAAAAAAAAUUUUUUUUAAUUCUUUUUAAUAUUUAACAAAUUAUAUAUGUAUUUUUUUUUUUGUUCACAUAAAUAAAAACAUGAUAAAUUUUAAUUACCACAAUCAUUAAAAAAAAUAAAAAAUAUUUUUUUGAAAAAA